GCGGGCGGCGCAUGCGCGGGGCGGGGCGCUGGCCCCGCCUUCGGAGCGCCAUGCCGGCGCGCGGCCGAGGCACCUGAGCCAGGAUGAAGGAGUGGUGGGUGCAGGUGGGGCUGCUGAGCGUGCCCCUCCUUGCCGUCUAUCUGCACAUCCCGCCUCCCAAGCUCUCCCCGGCUCUCCUCUCCUGGAGGUCGUCUGGAGGCUACUUCACCUACAAGGACCAGAACAUCUUCUACAGAGACUCAACUGGCGCCAUUGGCAGCUCUGACAUCGUCCUCCUCCUGCACGGCUUCCCAACCUCCAGCUAUGACUGGUACAAGGUCUGGGAAGGGCUGACCCAGCGGUUUCACCGGGUGAUUGCUUUGGAUUUUGUAGGAUUUGGUUUCAGUGACAAGCCUAGGCCCCACCGCUACUCCAUCUUCGAGCAAGCCAGUAUCGUGGAGGGGCUGGUGCAUCACCUUGGCCUCCGCCACCAGAGAAUUAAUCUCCUCUCCCAUGAUUACGGGGAUACAGUCGCACAGGAGCUGCUGCACAGGUAUGAGCACAAUAAAACUGGAAGCAUCUUGAUCAACAGCCUCUGUUUAUCCAAUGGAGGGAUUUUUCCUGAAACACACUACCCCCGGUUCAUCCAGAAGAUCCUCAAGGAUGGGGGUUUGCUGUCCCCUGUCAUCACGCGGCUGAUGAACUUCUUCCUCUUCUCCAGAGGACUUGGGGCGGUAUUUGGGCCCUACACGCAGCCUUCACAAGCAGAGUACUGGGACAUGUGGACAGUGGUGCGGACCAACGAUGGCAAUCUCGUUGUUGACAGUAUUUUGCAGUACAUAAACCAGAGAAAGAAGCACAGAGACCGCUGGGUUGGGGCUUUGAUGUCCACCUCUGUCCCACUGCAUCUAAUCUAUGGGCCCCUGGACCCUGUGAACCCACACCCAGAGUUUCUUCAGCUUUACAAGAAGGUGCUUCCCAUGUCCACGGUGUCUGUGCUGGACGACCACAUUAGCCACUAUCCACAGCUGGAGGAUCCAACAGGUUUCCUGAAUGCAUAUCUGAACUUCAUCAACUCCUUCUGAGCUGCUGCAGCUCAGUUCUCGCUCUGUUUAAAAGUCAGGCUUUGGGGACAGGAAGAAACCUCGAUUUUUAUCUCCAGAUCCAACAAUCUGCACUAACACCCUCAUCUUUGGCUGCCAAACUGCUGCAUUUAUGCAGUUAAAUCCUUUGAGCACCAGAAGAGAAGCUUGCAGGGAGGUUUGGACAAAACUGCCAGCCUGAGUAGAGUUAGAGGAUGUGGACAGCUCCUCCUGCUCUGCGCUCACCUUGAUUCUUGACUGGCUUAUCCCUCUAUUAGGAGCCACGAGGGCUCAAGGGAGAACUGGGGCACCUGACAGGAGGUGGAGCACACAUGUCAGUCUCAGUCCUUACUUGCCUUCACUGCUAAGCUAUGCUGCAUGGCACAGGUAGACAGGACCACUAGCAGCCAAGCGUUGAUGCAUAUAUUCCCAAGAUGGAUGCCAGUCGGGUUUUGAGGUGUGUGCAUGCAGUUUAAAUUAUAUCCCUCUGCUAAGUGUUAACAAUACUUGGCCAGCUUGUCAGCACUGAAGAAUCUGAAACUGAGUUUGCUUACACUAAGUAUAGCAGGCAAGCUGGAUCUGUAAUCCCCCAAAGUAUAGGCAAUGAUGCUCUCUGCACACAUAAAGGGGCAUUUAAGCACUGUAAUUAUGUUUUCAGUAACCUCUCUUUAAUGGCCAGUUACCCGAAGCGAAGCUCUGAACCUCAAGUUUUUACCACAUUCCUUGUUUCUCUGAUUUUCAGUUCAACAAGCAGAGCCACCCAUUGACACUACACCCCUGGGACUAUCUCAGGAGCUUCGCAGAAGCGUGGCUGUAGCAUGCAGUUCUACCAGGGCAGGCUCAUACCUGUUUCACUAGAGCAAGAUGAAUAUGCAAUACUGGUACUAGCAGAAGCCAAGACGUUCUUCUGAGCAAUAGCUAUUUGAGCCACAGGGAUCUGGGACAGGUGUUUAAAUUAGAAUCCAAGUAUUCCUUCCUUCCUCACCCUGACUUGGUAACUAAAGAAACAGCAGUUCAUCAGGAGAGAGAUGCAGAACUUAAUUCACAAGAAGUCACCACAAGGUCCCUCUUUCCUCCUCUCUUCCCAACUUUUGACACAGGGUGUUUCACAUCUUUGAGCCCAGGAAAAGGCUGUGCUGUUGUUUGGUAUUAUCUGACAUAAGGCUCAGAGAACUGAAUAUGCCUUGACCCGUGAAGUUUAAUCUCUCUCUCUGUACAUUGAUUUUUCUGUGUGGAACAGAGGAGACAAUCAUGAAGAUAACUGUAAAUUUGCAGGCUGGCAGACUCUGCAGGUUUUGUGUGGUUUUUAACUCCUUAACAGCAUCCCUUUAGGAAUAAGGGGCUUCUGCUGAAUAAACAGCCAUUAUUGGCUACUUUUUCUGUACUGAAGCAGACAGGAUUAGAACAAGAAAUUUCUAUUUUAUUAAUAGUAAUUCGUAUGAAUUCCACCACUUGAACCAGUGUUUAUUUUCUGUUAAUAAAAAUCAGUUUUGACAAAA